CGUGCUCAACUGCGAAGCGGAUAUAUAGUCGAAGGAAUCCAUAAGCCCUUCGCCGGCGACAGGGCGGCGUUCUUUCUUCAACUCAAAAGCACCAUUUCGUUUUUCUCUGCUCCAGAAAUAUUCGUCACCCUCGCUUCUUCCUCAACUAGGAAACUGAGAGUUGACGAUGUAUUCAAUCUGUCCUUUCUGCCAAAGGGAUGUUCUUUCUGCUGAGCUUCAAUGGCAUGCCAACAAUCAUUUUCUAGAAGAUGAUUUUGAAAAGGACAUGCAACUGGCAAAACAAAUUUCACUAGAACUCCCAACUUCAAUACUCAUGGAUUCACCAGCUUAUUCUGAGGAGUCUUCUAGCGGUUUCUCUGGAAGGAGUGCAGAAAUUAGCAAAUCAACCUUUAAAGAAAAUCAUCAUGGAUUGAGGGACAUUCUUCUUCAAGAAAGGAUAUCUUGUUUAGUGGGACUGCAAACUAAAGACACCUUCUACAAAGUUGAAGGCGGCCUCAUGAACUUAUUGAGGAAAUGCCUCCAAUUAGAAAAUAGAAAAUCUAGAAGUGUAAUAUCAGGUUAUGUUGACCACUAUCAAAGUGUUCAAUCAGAAGAUUAUGGCUGGGGCUGUGGUUGGCGAAACAUUCAAAUGCUUAGCUCUCAUUUGCUGAUGCAAAGAAAAGAAGCAAAGGUUGUUUUAUUUGGUGGUUCAGAAUUUGUUCCUGUUAUUCCUUCGCUCCAAAGAUGGCUUGAAGUUGCCUGGGAAAGAGGAUUUGAUGUACCUGGAUCACUUUCUUUUAGCAAAGAAGUCUAUGGCUCAAAAAAAUGGAUUGGUGCUACCGAAUGUGCGACACUCUUCCGUUCUUUUGGACUUAGGGCUAUGGUUGUGGACUUUGAUAGCUUACCAUCUUCACGCAAAAUGGUCGAAAAACUGGUUUACGGUCCAAUGGACAAAUUCUUACAGCGCUGCCAAAAUGAGAAACACAGUAACGUAAUAAAUCUUGAGAGCUCAAAUAAAGGAGAGAGUAUUGGUGGUCAUCAGGUUCUCAUGGAAUGGAUCUGGAAUUAUUUUACUUACGAGGCAGGUUCCAGGUUAGAUGAUUUUCAAGAUGUUCUGAUAAGCCAUAAAACGCCUUUGUAUUUCCAACACGACGGUCAUUCAAGAACUAUCGUUGGCAUCCAAAUGCAGAAGUUUGCGAAGGGGCCUGAACAAAAAUAUUCUCUAUUGAUUUUGGAUCCUGGCCAAAGGACAAGAGAUUUAGAGAAGACUCUCGGAGAUAAUAAUGGAUGGCAGAAGCUUAUAAAAAGAGGAUUUCACACACUGAAGAAGCCACAAUACCAGUUAUGCUACAUUGAUCCUGGGGUGGCUUAUGAUGAGGAAUGGGAAGAUCUUAAGACCAUCCACAGCGAGUAUAUCAGACUGUAGAAAAUAUGAAAUCAAUGGGCAAAAGCUCAUAAAGAUAAAACAUUGCAUAAAAGAAUGGAUGCCAAGAAAAGCCUAUAUGAAUGUUUACAUAUGGAUAUUGAUGGAUGGAGCUCUAGUAUACUAAUACUAUUUGAGGAUGCUAACAUCAUAUUCAUGGCAUUUUCUCCAUGAAAAAAAACGAGCAUAAGAGUUGUGCCAUAUUAUGUUGACAGAAGAUGUAUUCGCCAAUGGUGAAUUAGAUAUGUUACCUCCACAGACAGUAAUGGACAUCAGAACUACACCUGUUGUUCCGACGGCGAAGCAUCCACUAGUGGUGAGUUAGAUUUAGCCUUGUCUAUUGUUGAUAUGGCUCUCAAGACAGAAUGUAUAAUUUUUUUAGUUGUAAUCAUAAAGACAUGCCACUCCAUGCAAUAAUUCAUAAUGAUGAUGAUGACAAUGAUGAUAUUCAAAUACUAAAAUUGUGGUCAAU